UGUGGCGACUGCUCAGAGUUGAUAACAUCAUCACGCAUUAGAAAAGCCCUAGUAUUACUCAACUCCAUCGCUAAUACGUGACUCAAGCCAUGUUUGGGGGUCGGAUAUAUCCUCACGGCUCGUUGAGUUUCCUGCUCCGGGGUUCGUUCCUCAAACCUGGAGUAUUUCUGGCAUCUCGCGUUCUAGCUACCAGGGGUCAUCGAUGGUCAUCGAGAAGUUACAGUGUGACUUGUGAUGACACUGACAACUAUCAGGUCACAGUAAAAGUUAAAGGCCCACACGAAUGUGAAAGCAAUGACCAUCGAGAGGAGCUUCUGACGCAAUUGGAAAACAUCCCCCACGACACCCACUGCCUGCGUAUAACCGAGGACACACCACCACACAUCGAGUGGAGCCUGCUUAGCAAGCAUUUCAGGAAUGUCCGGGACCUUGAGCUGCAUACUGGGUUCAAUGAGGAACUCACUGAUGAGGGAAUACCGGCACACUGGCCAUUGAGACGGCUUUUCAUCAGUGACGCUUGUGCGGAGGUGUUUCGCAGCCCUUUCGUACUCGAAGGCAAGGUAGAGUCUCUCGUGCUACUAGGAACAUCCGGGCUACGGUUUGAGGGGCCGACCAGCGAGGAACUAUAUCGUACACACGGGGAUGCCGUUUCCCGGGGAGACAAAGAACCUAGAUACGUCACUGUCCAGGAAGGAACACCGGAGGAGAGAAAAAUAGAGCUAAUAUGGCUACCGGAUCUCGUCGUCGAUCAAAUGAACAAGAGGUAUGCGGGGACGAGGGCAGCACAGCUGCCAACAAGCCAAGGAAACCACAACCUACAGUGCUUACCAAGAGAAGUACAAUCGAACAUGGCUAAGCUGGAGAUUAUCGAGAACGAUGCCAUUGAUACAUUCAAUCGGAUGGCGAUGGCCCUGCCACAUGUCGUGGAAAAGCUUGCAACCCUCAAUCUUCGCUCUACCCACGCCUUGGACUUCCAUUUUACGGCUGAAAAUCUGUUUAUAUCACUCCUUCCACAGCUCUCAGAGCUACAAACUUUGGUCCUCUCGGUUGGCGAGGUUUUUGAGAACGAAGACACCCUUCCAAAUCUCUAUGCAUCUAUUCCCGCUGGUAUCACGACAUUGCGAUUUCGAGGUCCCGCAUCUCUGGUGAGAUCCAGCCAGUGGGACACCUGGGUCGAGUCGUUUGCGUCUACUUGAAACGGCUCAGUUUUGUGCUUGAUCUACAUUACGAAGCCCCGGAUAAAACGUCAUCCAAAAAGAAACCUGCUAGGGCGCCAAUUGACUUGCUUGACAACGCCCAAGAUGCAUGUGGGCAGCUGUACCAGGCUGUCACAAAGCGCGGGGUUGCUGUCGAGCAUUUCCAUGAUGAAUGGUGUGAUCGCUGGCCGUCUCUCAAACAGGUCGAUGAUCGAUGGACGCGGCAUGGAUAAUUUUUUGGCGUUGAAGCAGUAGAGCUCCCUGUAUGUAAGAGAAUCUAUAUUGUUAGCGACCUCUUCCUAUCGAUUCUUG